AUGCUAACCAUAACCCUAGCUCUAACUCUAACUCUAGCUCUAACCCUAACCCUAACACUAACCUUAACCCUAACUAUAACCCUAACCCUAAAUCUAAUCCUAACGAUAAAAAUAACCCUAGCCCUCAAUCUAAACAGGACCCUAAACCUAACCUCUAUUUUAACCCUAAACCUAACCCUAACCCUAAGCCUAACCCAUAACCCUAACCCUAACCCUAAACCCAACCCUAAAUAUAAUCAAAACCCUAGCCCCAAUCCUAACCCUAACCCUAACCCUAACCCUAACCCUAACUCUAACAAUAACCCUAACCCUAACCACAAACCUAGCCCUAAACUUAAACCUAACCCUAAACCUAACCAUAACCCUAGCCUUAAUCUUAACCCUAACCCUAGCUUUAACCCUAUCCCUAACCCUAAUACUAGCCCUAACCCUAACCCUAACCUAAACCCUUACCCUAAACAUAAACUAAACCCUAACCUUAGCCCGAGCUCUUACAAUAGCUCUAAUCCUAAUCCUAAUCCUAACCCUAACUCUAAAGCUAACCCUAACUCUAGCUCUAACCAUAACUCUAGCUUUAUCCCUAACACUUACCUUUACUCUAACCUUAUCCCCCUAACCCUAUCCUUAGCCCUAACCCUAUCCUUAGCCCUAACCCUAGCCCGAGCUCUUACAUUAGCUCUAUAUCCUAACCCUAACCAUAAUGCUAACCAUAACCCUAGCUCUAACUCUAACUCUAGCUCUAACCCUAACCCUAACACUAACCUUAACCCUAACUAUAACCCUAACCCUAAAUCUAAUCCUAACCCUAACCCUAACCAUAAACCUAGCCCUAAACUUAAACCUAACCCUAAACCUAACCAUAACCCUAGCCUUAAUCUUAACCUUAACCCUAGCUUUAACCCUAUCCCUAACCCUAAUACUAGCCUUAACCAUAACCCUAACCUAAACCCUAACCCUAAACAUAAACUAAACCCUAACCUUAGCCCGAGCUCUUACAAUAGCUCUAAUCCUAAUCCUAAUCCUAACCCUAACUCUAAAGCUAACCCUAACCCUAGCUCUAACCAUAACUCUAGCUUUAUCCCUAACACUAACCUUUACUCUAACCUUAAUCCCCGAGCUCUUACAAUAGCUCUAAUCCUAAUCCUAACCCUAACUCUAAAGCUAACCAUAACCCUAGCUCUAACCAUAACUCAAGCUUUAUCCCUAACACUAACCUUUACUCUAACCUUAAUCGUAACUAUAAAUCCUAACCCUAACCCAAACCCUAACCCUAAACCUAAAUCGAAACCUCAUCUAAACCCUAGCCCUAACUCUAAUUCUAAACCGAGCCCUAACACUAACCCAAGCUCUAACAGUAACCCUAACUCUAGCCCUAACCUUUAUCCUAACACUAACCCUAACCCUAGCCCUAACCCAUACCUUAACUCUAGCCCAAAUCCUAAUCCUAACGCAAACCCUAACCCUAACCCUAACCCUAACCCUAACCCUAACCCUAACCCUAACCCUAGCCCUAGCCCUAACCCUAACCUUAACCCUAACCCUAACCUUAACCCUAACCCUAACCCUAACCCUAAUCCUAACUUUAACCCUAACACUAACCCUAACCCUCACCCUAACCCUAACCCUAACGCUAAUCCUAACCCUAACCCUAACCCUAACCCUAACCCUAACCUUAAUACUAACCCUAACCCUAACCUUCACUCUAACCCUAACCCUAACCAUAACCCUAACCCUAACCCUAGCCCUAAUCUUAACCCUAACCCUAACCUUAACUCUAACCCUAACCAUAACCCUAACCCUAACCCUAACCCUAGCCCUAGCCCUAAUCUUAACCCUAACCCUAACCUUAACGCUAACCCUAACUCUAAUCCUACUAACCCUAACCCUAAUCCUAAUCCUAAUCCUAAUCCUAAUCCUAACCCUAACCCUAACGCUAACCAUAACCCUAACCUUAAUCAUAAGCGUAACAGUAAGGCUAAUCCUAGCCUUAAACCUAACCAUGACCCUAACCCUAACUCUAACCCUAACCCUAACUCUAGCCAUAACCUUUAUCCUAACACUAACCCUAAGCAUAAACAUAAACCUAGCCCUAACCCGAACCAUAACCCUAACCCUAACCCUAACCCUAACCUUAGCUCUAACCAUAACACUAGCCUUAAACCUAACCAUGACCAUAAUCCUAACAAUUAUCUUAACCCUAACCCUAAGCAUAAUCCUAUCCCUAUCCCUAUCCUUAUCCUUAAAUCAAACUCAAACCCUAACCCUAACCCUAACCCUAAGCCAAACCCUAAAUUUAGCCCUAACCUUAAACCUAACCCUAAACCAAACCUUAACCCUACCCCUAAUCUUAACCUUAACCUUAGCUCUAACCCUAACCCUAAACCAAAACCUAACUUAACCCCAACCCUAACCCUUACCCUAACCUUAAUCCUAACUGUAACCUUAACCCUAAUCCCAUGCCCUAACCUUAAACCUAACACUCAACUAAACCCUAACCCUAACCGUAGCCCUAACGCUAAUCCUAAACUAUCCAUAACACUAACCCUAACCCUAGCUCUAACUCUAACCCUUAUCCUAACCCUAACACUAACCCUAAUCCUAACAAAUAACUCUAGCCCUAACCCUAACCCUAUCCUUAGCUCUAACCCUAGCCCGAACUUUUACCCUAGCUCUAAUUCUAAUCCUAACCGUAACGCUAACCUUAACCCUUAA